AUGUCUGGCCAAACCAUUGACGUGCCCCUCGAGCGGGGCAUCCCUGCCCACCUCCUCCCUCCCAGCUGGAAAACGUCUGUGACAGCGUGGCUAGCCGAGGACACACCCUCGUUCGACUACGGUGGCUUCGUCGUCGGGGAUGCACCGCGCGAAGCCACGCUCUGGGGCAAAUCAGCCGGUAUUAUCGCCGGGCGGCCCUUCUUUGACGAGGUCUUUACGCAGUGCGGCUGCACCGUGGAGUGGUACGCGGAGGAAGGCUCCCGGCUCGACCUCAGCAGCAAUGGCAAGCAGAAAGUCGCCACUGUCCGAGGACCCGUGCGAGGCAUCCUCCUCGGCGAGCGCGUCGCGCUCAACACCCUCGCGCGAUGCUCGGGUAUCGCCUCGCAGAGCAAACUCCUCGUCGACAAGCUGCGGGACGCCGGCUACAAGGGCAUCCUGGCCGGCACGCGCAAGACAACGCCCGGCUUCCGGCUCGUCGAAAAGUACGGCAUGCUCGUCGGCGGCGCGGACGCGCACAGGAUGGAUCUGAGCACCAUGGUCAUGCUCAAGGACAACCACGUCUGGAGCCGGGGGAGCAUCACCGAUGCCGUCCGCGCCGCCAAGGCGGUCGCCGGCUUCAGUGUCAAAAUUGAGGUCGAGGUGCAGAGCGAGGAGGAGGCGGACGAGGCCAUCACUGCGGGCGCAGAUGUCGUCAUGCUGGACAACUUCACGGGCGACGGUGUCAAGGUUGCCGCCAAGAGUCUGAGGCAGAAGUGGCAAGGGAAGAAGAGCUUCCUGCUCGAGGUGUCGGGCGGGUUGAGGGAGGACAAUGUGGGCGCCUACGUCUGCCAUGAUAUCGACAUUAUCUCGACGAGCUCGAUUCAUCAAGGUGUUGGCUAUGUAGACUUUUCUCUCAAGAUUGAGCACUGA